UAUAGAAAAACAAACAAGCCAAGCACGUGUGCGUGACUCUCCGUUGAGCGGCCUUCUUUCUCUCUCGCUCUCUGGGGGUUGUUGUUUUUAUGGCCGCUUAAGCUGCGAGUCCUGUCGGCUUCGUGCGAGCAGCGUAUAUAUCCUGCGCUCGGCUGGGGGCUUGGACCCCAGCGACGAUGAUGGCAUGCGGAUAGAGCAAAUCCGACACGAACGGCUGCUGGACGUGUUUGCGGCUGUGAAGCGAACCGACAAGAGAACGAACGAGCGGAGCCUCAAGCCAGAAAUUGUAGCGGAAGGCGGACGACAAAGGACCAAGGGGCUGAGACAGACGACAGACAGCAGAGGAGGAACGCAAAAACGGCUGAAAUAAUUAAUAUUCCUCACCCGUGUUAAUGUUGCGAAUAUUAUUUACGAAUUUCCCAUAACCGCCUCCAAGUGUUUGCGUGCGUGCGUGCUAAAAAGUAGGUUACGGCAAGAAGGAAAGAAAUAUUUUGGAGGUCGGACGGUCGGUCGGUGUGUGUUUGUGCCAAAACGCUCACAAAUUUUCCGUGUGCAUGUGUGUGGGCCACGGGGUGCCUAGAAAAUGCAGUGCGACAAAGGCGAAAUGCAAAUCCAGGCUUGAUGGCGAAUAGCGAAUAGCGAGGAUAAAAAUAUAUAGCAAAUGAACGAACCAGCAGCCCAUUUCCCAAACACUUCGAUUCAUCGUCUCCAGCCGACAAGGGAAAAGUGAUAUUUUAUACAAAAACUGUGGCCUGCUUUUUGCACAGUUCAAAGUAACCCGAACACACACACAGACGCCAACACUCACCCAGACACACACACACACACACACGGCAACUAUAUAGCAAUAUAUGCCCAUUGAGUGCCUUAUAUCAUUUGAUAAUAAUCCACAAGGUGUCUACUAUGCCGGACAGGAGCUAUCCGGCGUUGUUGAUCUCAGCGUCGACGCAACGAAGCGCAUCAAAGGCAUCCACGUCACUGUCAGCGGCUAUGCCAAGAUACGCUGGAUAAAAAAGGGAUAUCCGCGCGACAGUGAGCGCGCCAUGUGUCGUGCCUACCGAUCGUACCUGUCCUCGCGGUCCUACGUGCUCGGCUCCUGCGCCAACAACUCGAGCAUCGACUGGCCGGCCGGCGAGUACUCGUAUACCUUUCAUGUCAUUCUGCCCGACAACCUGCCCACGUCCUUUGAUGGCAAGUACGGCCAGAUUCACUAUGAGAUUAUAACGACGAUCGAACGGCCGGCGCGAUAUCCCAAGGUCUUCAAGCUGCCAUUUACGGUGAUACAACCGCUGGACCUGAACGCCGAUGCCAUAUACAGGGUUCCCUUGGAGAUUCUCGAUCGAAAGCGCUUCUGGAGCUUCUGCUGUCCCACGGGCCCGCUGACGGUGAAGUUUUCGACACCGUACUGCGGCUAUGCGCCCGGCCAGAAGAUCCACUUCGUGCUGUACAUCAACAACGAGUCCUCGAUCGACAUAACCGAGUGCGAGGUGAAGCUGAAGCAGGAGGUGAGCUACGAGUCGCAUGAUCCGCAGCACGAGUACCGCUACGACAAGCACCUGAUCGCCAGGAAGCAGUUUGGGAACGUGCUGCGAUGGUCGCGGAAGGUGUACCGUGGAUACUUGGACCUGCCUUCGAUACCGCCCACUUCGGUGAAGCCCACGUGUCCGAUUAGCGUUAACUACUCGAUUAAGAUCAUAGUCAAUCCCACGGAGUUCCACUGGAAGCUCAAGCUGAAGAUUCCGCUGACCAUCGGCAGUAUACCGAUCAUGGAUGGCCCGGAGGCCCUGCUGCGCUUCAAUCGCCAGCAGCAACAGCACCAAGUAGUUAGUCAAAAUUUACAAAUGUCCACGCAGCAGCGACAUCAUCAAAGGGAUCGAGAUAGGGACAGGGAUCGUAAUCUGGAUCGGGAUCGCGAGCGGGAUCGGGAUCGGGACCGGACAAGUGCCUCAAAUCAGCAGCGACGUCUCAGCAGCAUCACCAAUAACAACAACAACAAUCGUGGACGCUUUGUGGGUGGACUACUGCCGACCAAUAGCAAUAUUAAUAUGAUAGUGAAUGCCAGUCCCACGCCCACGAGCUCCACGCCAUCAUCAACGCCAACAACUGCCGCCCUCAGGCCCAUGGCAAUGCCAGCGAUACUGGUGACCAGCGAUAGCGAUAAUCCGCCGGACUAUAUACCCAUGAUGCCGCCCUCAUAUGAAGAUGCCAUGGCUCUGAGUGAGAAAUUCAGCGAUGAUACUGAGUUCUUGACAAACGUUAGCAUGAGCAGCAUUAUGUCCGCUCAGGCUGAUGUCACCACAAGUGAGCCCUUUAAGCCGCGUUAUCCGGUCUAUUACGAUUAUGAGACACCGACCAUACCGCCCGGUAGUGAUGAUUCCAAUGAAUCCGACACAUAAAACCCCUCCAAUACAAAACAAAAAACUACCAAAAAUUGUUUACAAAAGAAAAACCAAA